CGGAGGUCGGGGGGAGGAGGAGGAGCUGUGGCGAUCACGGCCCCGGGUCCCGCAGCUGGGCUGUCGUCCUCACAUGGGGCCCCCUCGCUUGUCUCAGCGGAGGGACGGAUCCUCGCCGGCUUGCUGAGGCGUGGGCCGGGGGUUGGCGGCGGGUGGGAUAUGCGGCCACGAGAGCCCGCGCCGCUCGCCGGGCCCUGCUGGCGCCGCCGCUCAGGAUCCAACAAGAAUAGAGAAGACAACAAAUUACCUAAGAUGUGAGAAGUCUUCCCUUAGCAAAAUAAAACCUUGUUUUCAAAAUGGACCGAAGCAAAAGGAAUUCAAUAGCAGGAUUUCCACCACGCUUAGAGCGUGCUGAAGAGUUUGACGGUGGCACUGGAGGAGAAGGGACUGCAUCCCAAUUAGGAAGAGUUUGUACCUCUUCAUACAGAGCCCUGAUAAGUGCCUUUUCCAGACUUACUCGUCUUGAUGACUUCACGUUUGAGAAAAUUGGCUCCGGUUUCUUCUCUGAGGUGUUCAAGGUAAGGCACAGAACUUCAGACCAGGUAAUGGCUUUGAAGAUGAACACACUGAACAGCAACAGAGCAAACAUGCUGAAAGAGGUUCAACUUAUGAAUAGACUCUCACAUCCAAACAUCUUAAGGUUUAUGGGUGUCUGUGUGCAUCAAGGACAGCUGCACGCACUUACUGAGUACAUCAACUGUGGUAACCUGGAACAGCUAUUAGACGGUAACCAGCAUCUGCCCUGGACAGUGAGGGUGAAACUGGCAUAUGACAUUGCUAUGGGAAUCAGUUAUCUUCACUAUAAAGGCAUUUUCCAUCGAGAUCUUACAUCCAAGAACUGCUUAAUAAAACAUGAUGAGAACGGAUACUCAGCAAUAGUGGGAGACUUUGGUUUAGCAGAGAAAAUUCCUGAUCACAGUGAGAAGUUACCAGUGGUGGGUUCACCCUUCUGGAUGGCACCAGAAGUUCUCAGAGAUGAACCUUACAAUGAAAAGGCAGAUGUGUUCUCCUAUGGUAUAAUUCUAUGUGAGAUUAUAGCAAGAAUACAGGCAGAUCCAGACUAUCUCCCUCGCACAGAGAAUUUUGGAUUAGAUUAUGAUGCCUUCCAGCACAUGGUGGGAGACUGUCCCCCUGACUUCCUCCAGCUGGCCUUCAACUGCUGUAACAUGGAUCCAAAGUUGCGUCCUUCAUUUGCUGAUAUUGUCAAAACACUGGAGGAGAUUUUAAACCGCCUGAGAAAUGAGGAUUCAGAGAGAGAGAGAAAGUUUUUGAACCUCGACAACAGUGAAAGAAAACCCAAAGGAUCAAUUGAAAAAGGACCAGGAGUAAAACGUUUGAGUUCCCUGGAUGAUAAGAUCCCACCCAAGUCACCCCGUCCACGUCGGAAUAUCUGGUUGUCACGCAGCCAGUCAGAUAUCUUUUCCCGCAAGCCUUCCAGGAAGAUAAACGUGCAGGACCCCUACUAUACGCCAAACAAAGGGCUAGGCCGAAAAGUUAAUCCCUUCAGUGCCCGGGAGGACCUCAAGGGGGGGAAGAUCAAAUUCUUUGACAUGCCAAGCAAGUCUGUGAUUUCCCUUGUGUUUGACUUGCAUUCUCCAGAGGCAGGUGGAGGCCUGAAAGCCAGCCAGUCCCAGUUCCGGCAGGCGUAUAGCACAGACUGGCAAGAAUUUUCCCUUCUUCCUGGGAGGAGGUGCAGAUCACUUCCGCUCUCUCCUGAAUUGCCGCACAAGGAAUAUGGCCUGUUUGGGGGACUGUCCUCAACUGUCAGCAGGUGUGACCCAACCCAGCUAGGUGCAGAGGUUCGGCAGAAACUCCUGAGUAGCAGUAAAUAUGGUGUGUCAGAGAUUCCACCCUUUCAAGCCAAGCCUCACAGGUCAGAAUUUCUUCCUGUACCAGGACAAGAAGAGGAUAUGGACUGUUCAGAUGGGGCAGCGGCCCAGGAGGAAAAUGGGGUUUGCCCUGGUGAGAACACGUGUAGAGAUCCAGCAUGUAAUCAACCAUUAGUGCUGGCCCAGCCCGAGCCACUACCUUACAAAAAGCUCCCCGCUGAGAAUUCAGUGAACUCUGAGGGACGUGGCUCCUCACAAGCAUUUGCAGGUUGUCUCCCUUCUGAAGAGAUGGAGGUGGAAGAUGACUUACUGAAAAAUACUCCACUAGAGUCUACAAAGCCUCUGUUCAGUGUUAGUCCUUCCACUGAGCUGAAGAGAGAGUCAUGGCCCUUCAGGGAGCAGGAUGGGGACAGUCCUGCCCCAUUGUCUCAGACCUCCUCCAACAUCUCAGCAAGUGGCAGCAUGCAGUCAACUUGUGACAUAUGAAGAGGGGGCUCAAACUGAACGUGACCUUGAGGGGACAGUUGCUCCCAGUUGCUUAAACUCUGUUUUUCUGUAGUGCUGGGUUUCACAUUCAAAAGAGACUCAGCAGAUGGUAGAAACUGACUGUCAAACAGAUAGCUGCAAACAGCAUCUGGAGAGACUGAUUAUUUUAACUUUAUUUCAAACUGUGGUUAUUCCCUUCCCUGAUUUUGCAUUAGGAGGGGGAACUGCUCCAGCCAGAAGGGCCGUGUGCGCCCCACAGUCCUUCCCAGAGGCAGCAGCCUGAGCAGGCACUGUGUAAACAGAUUGAUCUGGAUUCCAGCAUCGAGCAUUUCAAGGCCUUAAGCUCCAUGUUGAGUAGAAAGAGUGACCCUUAGGUUUUCCCUCUUCCUCUGACUGACCAGCUGCUCUAAAACAGUACAGAUUUUUGCGUUAACAUUCUGCAGCAGUGCACGUGAGUGGGAGCCCCAGUUUAAGGACAGGCACAGGGAUCUUUCAGAGCUAUGUUGAGCAGAUAGUGAUUCUCUCUGGUCCCAGAGCUGCUGUGAAUGCUGUUGCAGCAUUAAACGAGCUCUUUCAAAUGCAGUAAAACCAAAACCCCUCAUGCUGGUCACAAUCUGCAGGCUGAGUCACACUUUGCAAUUAACAAGAUGACUCUUCCCUGGAGUUUCAUUUUCCCUUGGGAUUUGGUAAUGAUGUGUAAUACAUUAGUGCAGGGAAGCAGGAUGUGGUAAGCACCGCUCUCCUCCUUGGGCAGCUCUUCACAUACCUCAACCUGAAUGUGGAGGAAGAUUUGCCCAUGACACAAGAGGAGAGCCAUAUUCCAGGCAUUGUCAUUUCUGGGCUUCUGGAGAAACUGCCAGUGAAAGUACCAGUUGUACUGAGCUUUUGGGGGGGGGUGGGCUCUUACCUCUGAAGAGCUGAAUGAACAUCAUGAUCCGUUUCUGCAGAACAGUUAGUUAAAUAUACUAUCUACAUCACUGUUGACUAUUACCACUAAGCUAGAAAGGUCAUGUUCACCUCCCUCUCUGGUACGACAUCCCAUCUCAUUGGUAUCACCCCAGUAAUGAUAGCUCCAUAUUUAAAACAAGACUGCUUGAUAGAGGACAGGAAUCCCCUGCUCAGGGGAGGUUGCCAGCAGUGUUACAGCCACACAAGUGCUCUUGGAGAGGAUAGACACUAGAUUCAUAGAGGGGCUUUGUACUGUCAAACUGAAGAAAAUCAGCUUGUCCCAAAUUAACUUUUUUUUCUUCUACAGAAAGAAGCUGUUGUCUUCAUUGGCUUCUCCUGUCACUGAAUAUGAUGAUCUUUUUCUUCUUUUCUUUUUUUUUUUCUUCCCUCCACCAGCAGGUACAUAUGAAAGCAGUGGUAUAAGCUUUCAUGCUGCUUGCUGGAACCAGCAUUGGAGAUUCUCACUCUGGGAUGUGAUGUACAGGAAAGCUUGUUCUGUCCUGAUGUCUGUGCAACAUCCUGCCCUUUUCCAUUAUUGUUAUCCCAACAACAUGGGACUUUUAAUUUUUUUUUUUUUAAACUAUAUUACCAUUCCUGAGGUAUGCAUUGCAUGCCUGCUGAGCAGAUGGUGAUACAGUGGAGUCCAGAAUUUCACAGAGUUAACAUGUUACACUCUCUUCCUCCUCUCUUGUAAGGAUGGAAAAUGUAAGCUAGUCUGAUGGAAGCAAGACUGUUCCUACUCUUCUAUCUCGAAGAAAGGAUGAAGGAGAAAGCCUUAGUUCUUUCUUGGUUGAGUUGCUUAUCUUUCCAGAGGUGUAGGUAACUAUUCUGUGAGUUAUAAUUAGGACUUCCUCAUGUGAAGUGUGUGUUAACCUGAGCAGCAGUUAUCCCUUUGCAAUGACCACGAAGAAUUAAAUGAGAAACCCAGUGUCACUGAGUUACUUAGCACAGUCCAUGCCGGAUUAGGCAGCUGUUAGCAGUUUGAAAAUGCCGAUCAUUACCAAGAUCACCCCUUUUGGCCCACACCUCUCUGCCUCCUGAAGGUGCUGAUCUGCAGUCUGUCUUAUGUAUCCUGUCUGCAGAGUGCAGAGCAGCUUGUACAGCUGGCACUGUGCGUGGGUAAUUUCUGCUGAGGACAGGGAAAUACCAGAACUCAGUUGCUAGCUAGUUGUCUGCCUGGUGCCUGCUUUUUUUUUUUUUUUUUUUUUUGAAUCCUUUUAUCUUUUAUACAAUUGUAAUCUUUUGGGAGGGAAAUCCAUCAGCACCAGCUUCUGUUGUCACAAGAUGCAUUUAGGUUUGUGACUUCAGACAAACAAGCAAUAACAAGGAAUAGUUUACUUCUGGAUCACCAGGCUGUGACAAAGUUGUCCAGCAUCGUACAACUGCCUGCAGCCUCAUCGUAGAGCACGCAUGCCUCUGGCUGCUCUGUGGCUUGCAUUAGCCCUGGUUGGCAUUGCUGACACCUCAUCAUGAAGCCUGUUGCCCUCUCUGACACUGACUGCAAAGCCUGUGCAGUCAGGCUGGGAGUAGCUCUGUGGCAUCCAUCACACUGAUCUCAUCUGUUUCCUUACAACGUCUUUUGAAAUGUUUCCCUGCCUUGAAUAGCUCUCUUACAAAGCAGCAUGGCUAAAAUUUUGUUUUCUUAAAUGUCUACUCUAAGAACAGCCAGCUGACAUGCAUAGGACACUUCUAUCAACUUUUCUAGCUCUUUGUAUCGAGGUGGAGAAGUCAGAAACACCGGAUUCUUGGUCUGCAUGGGAAAAGAGGCAUGUAUAUGAAACUGGAGUAAAAGGCCAUUUAAAAAUAGCUCACUGCUUGCUGAAACCAAGUGUUUCCAAGGGUCUGGGUGCAGUUGGGACUCACUACAUCUCAUCCCUUUGGUAGUGUAAAGCUGAAUCUAGGUUGCACCUAGUAACUACUCCUAGGUUUUCUGCCUACCUGAGGGUGCUUUUCUACAGGGGGCCAUUUUCUGACAGCUACUGAUGAACACGAAUACAAACAUGUGGUCAGCAAAUUCCUUCUUUUAUAGUGACGAGUCAAAAGUUUUAUUGUGAUUGGAUUUUAUCAUGAUUUUUGACUUUCUUACAGGAGCAGUUCUUGCUCUUUUAAAACACUUUCUACACAUUGCUAAGUUCCCUAAAGAGAUCAAAGAUGUUUUUAAUUCACUUUAAAUCUUUCUAUGUUGAAUUCAUUUAAGUGUUUGUUAUAAGCUAUUUUUGUUGUGGUUGCAGGUUGAUAAAAUGCAACUAAGAGGAUGCAUGUGAAUUGCUGCCCCUCAGAAACAGUGCAGACAAGGGGAUAUAGUAGACUUACACUUGUUGGAGAGGCGUUGAUGUAUUAUGUGUAACAGAACAUUGGUAUUUUUUGCCAGUACAACUAAAGACACUUGAAUAAUUCCUGUUUGCACUUAAUGCUAUUGUUUAUAUUGCAUGUCACUACAUUUCUAUGCAAAACAAAUAACCUUUUUUGGGGGAGCAGGGGCAGCCAGAUAUUUGAUUAAGUAUAAAGAUCUUUGCGAGAUGAUCUAUUUUCGUAUUUAUGAAGGAGUUUUACGUCUUAAUAUUUUGCAGUCUGUAAAUAGCUCAACUUGUAAUUAAAGGCUUAGGAAGAAGUUUGUAGCCUGUGUAUAAUAGUAAGUUAACACUGCCAGAAAAAAGAAUCUUUGCAAAACAACUUUUCUAAUAUUGUGGAUAUUUAUGAAUAUGUAAAGAAAGCACGUCUUGUUUUUAUGUUGAUUGACCUUCUGACUUUUUUUGAACUAUAGAAAUGGUGUAUGUUUUAUUGGAACUGCAAUAAGAAGUAACCAAAGAUGAAUCCAGUUAAAUAUUUUCAUAAUUUUUUCUUGGUCGGUUUUGUAAACUUUCCCAACUUGCUUUCAAAAUAAAAAUAAAAUGAAGGCCUCGGUCUUGUGAUUAAGAGGGCAACUCUAGGUUAGAAAAGCUGGCUCAAAUGCUUACUUAAGCUAUUGGUGACAUUAAUACCUGCCUUGAGAUCGUAUUCACUAUUACUUGGUGCUGAAUUAUAAGCAGGCAGAACUGUCAUGCUUAUCCAGUGUUAUUUCUCUCCUGCAUCUUUCUUGCUGAAGUGAUACACUAUUAAAUCCAUGAGACUCACGGACUUAUUUUUUUUUUCUGUUCUGCCUUAGUGCUCUGAAGUAGCUUGUGACCUACAACACAAGAUGGCUUUUGAUAGCAUUCAGCCUGCAGGGAGCUUGCCGUUGUGGCUGCUCUGUUCUAGCCCCACAGAACAGCUUCAGCAGCACAGGAAGCAGUGCAGUUAGAGGACAGCAUUUGGCUUUAAGUCCCACUGCAUCUCCCCUUGCUUAGAAGCUUGAAGACCUGCUGUGGCUUAGUUCUGCAUGCAGGUACCCUGCACUAGAAUCACCUGGCCCAUUUGGGAGCUUUCUCCUUCCCCUCUCUCCUCUAGGAGCACAAGUCUAGCCUAUGUAUGCUGUAACCAGGAUUAAGGUAAAGUACGACUGUGAAGUGGGAUAGUUCUCCCAGCUUCAUGUCUAAACCAUGGUCAGUGAGUCUGUUUGUUUUUUUUUUUUUUU